AUGACCAGAGCUUUCGCAUUCUUACAACGUGCCAGGCGACCAGCAGUCAUCUCCCAUACCGUCUUGCUGCAACCCCGAGCCGCACACUCCCUUUCAGCCAACUGCAUCUCCCGUCGCUGUACGAGGAUCAGCACCAUCGGUACACACAGCAACAUCCCAAUCCGAUCCGACCUCGCCAGUAUACGGUAUAGGCACACAUCCUCCGACAUGUCCAGCAGAGACCCCAAUUCCGCCCGUCCUGGGGACCUGGAUGGCCCCAACCGCGAGCCUAGACCUCAGCCCGUCGAGCGGGUGACGGAUCAGCUCGAGACUCCUUCCCUCGACGACAGAACCUACCGUGUCAUUCGAUUGUCCAACAAGCUCGAAGCACUUUUGGUACAUGACCCGGAUACAGACAAGGCGAGCGCCGCUCUUGACGUCAAUGUCGGCAACUUCAGCGAUGAGGAGGACAUGCCUGGAAUGGCCCAUGCCGUGGAACAUCUCCUCUUCAUGGGCACCAAGAAGUUCCCCAUAGAGAACGAAUACUCCCAGUACUUGGCCUCAAACUCAGGCAGCUCCAACGCCUAUACGGGAGCAACCUCGACCAACUACUUUUUCGAUGUCUCUGCGAAGCCUGCCAACGACCAGGAACCCUCUGCCUCGAACCCCUCGCCCUUUAGGGGAGCCCUCGACCGGUUCGCCCAGUUCUUUAUUGAGCCGCUGUUCCUCGAAUCGACCUUGGACCGAGAACUGCGCGCGGUGGACUCUGAGAACAAAAAGAAUCUGCAGAACGACCAAUGGCGACUGCAUCAGCUGGAAAAGUCCCUCUCCAACCCGAAGCACCCCUUCUGCCACUUCUCAACCGGCAAUCUUGAGGUUCUCAAGGCUCUACCAGAGGCUAAGGGCAUCAAUGUGCGGGCUAAGUUCAUGGAGUUCCACGAGAAACACUAUUCAGCAAACAGGAUGAAGCUGGUUGUGCUUGGGCGUGAGCCUUUGGACGUUCUGGAAGACUGGGUUACUGAGUUCUUCUCUGGCGUUCCUAAUAAAAACCUUGUGCCGAAUCGUUGGGAAGACGAAGUGCCUUUCCGCGAGAGCGAGCUCGGUAUGCAGGUGUUUGCCAAGCCAGUCAUGGACUCACGAGAACUGAACCUAUUUUUCCCCUUCCUUGAUGAGGAGAAGAUGUACGAGUCUCAGCCUAGCCGAUACGUGAGCCAUUUGAUCGGCCAUGAGGGCCCCGGCAGCAUAAUGGCCUAUGUCAAGGAGAAGGGCUGGGCUAACGGACUGAGCGCCGGCGCAUACCCUGUCUGCCCGGGCACCCCUGGCAUUUUUGACUGUCAAAUCCGCCUGACGGAGGAGGGUCUCAAGAACUACAAGGAAAUCGUCAAGGUCUUCUUCCAAUACGUCUCCCUCCUUCGAGAAUCACCUCCACAAGAAUGGAUCUUUGAUGAACAGAAGGGCAUGGCAGAUGUGGACUUCAAAUUCAAGCAAAAGACUCCAGCAAGUAGAUUCACAAGCAAGAUCAGUUCCGUCAUGCAGAAGCCUUUGCCUCGGGAGUGGUUGCUCAGCGGAUAUAGUCGGCUGAGGAAGUUUGAUUCCCAAUUGAUCGAAAAGGGCCUGGAAUGCUUGAGACCAGACAACUUCCGCAUGACCAUUAUAUCACAAAAGUUCCCUGGUGACUGGAACCAGAAGGAAAAGUGGUACGGCACCGAAUAUCGCCAUGAGAAGAUUCCCGAAGAGUUCAUGGCGGAGAUCAAGAAGGCGGCUGCAAGCCCCGCUUCGGCACGCCUAACCGAGCUUCACCUCCCUCACAAGAACAACUUCAUUCCCACCAAGCUUGAGGUUGAGAAGAAGGAGGUCAAGGAGCCGGCGCUGUCACCGCGUGUCGUCCGAAAUGACAGUCUCGCUCGGACGUGGUUCAAGAAAGAUGACACAUUUUGGGUGCCCAAGGCCAACCUCGUUAUCAGCUGCCGGAACCCUAACAUCUACUCGACCGCAGAAAACGCUGUCAAGGCCAGGCUGUUCACCGACCUUGUUAGAGACGCUCUGGAGGCAUACUCUUAUGAUGCGGAGCUCGCUGGUCUGCAAUACAGUGUCACUCUUGAUGCCCGUGGGCUGUUCCUAGAUCUUAGUGGAUACAACGACAAGUUGGCAGUCCUCCUGGAGCAGGUUUUGAUAACGAUGAGAGACCUUAAGAUCAAGGACGAAAGAUUCGAAAUCAUUAAGGAGCGUCUCAAUCGGGGUUACAACAACUGGGAGCUUCAGCAACCGUUCAGCCAAGUUUCUGAUUACACGACUUGGCUGAACUCGGAGCGCGGCUACGUCGUGGAAGAGUCUUUGGCUGAGUUGCCCAACAUCACUGCCGAGGACGUUCGCCAGUUCAAGAAGCAGAUGCUUUCACAGAUGCACAUCGAGACCUAUGUGCACGGAAAUCUCUACAAGGAAGAUGCCCUGAAGCUGACCGAUAUGAUCGAGACUAUUCUGAAGCCCCGUGUUCUACCGCGACCUCAAUGGCCCGUCAUUCGAUCGUUGAUUGUCCCUCCUGGUUCUAACUACGUCUACAAGAAGACACUAAAGGACCCCGCAAACGUGAACCACUGCAUUGAGGUUUGGCUUUACGUUGGCGACAAGGGUGACCGUCUGGUUCGCGCCAAGACCAUGCUGCUCGACCAGAUGUCUCAUGAGCCAGCCUUCGACCAACUUCGAACCAAGGAGCAGCUCGGAUAUGUUGUUUUCAGUGGAGUAAGAAGCUUUACCACCACGUACGGCUUCCGAUUUAUCAUUCAGAGUGAGCGCACACCUGAAUACUUGGAGUCAAGAAUCGAAGCCUUCCUCAACUUGUUCUCGAACAACUUGGAUUCGAUGUCGGAAUCCGAUUUUGAGGGCCACAAGCGUAGCUUGAUUGUCAGACGCCUUGAGAAGCUCAAGAAUCUGGAUCAGGAGAGUAGCAGACACUGGGCCCAGAUUGCCAGCGAGUACUAUGACUUCGAGCUGGCUCAACAAGACGCCGCGCACAUCAAGUCGCUCACGAAAGCGGACAUGGUGGAGUUCUUCCAACAGUACAUCAAGCCAGGCUCGCCGACACGAGCGAAACUUUCGGUGCAUCUGCAUGCGCAGGCAGGAAAGUCGGCCGAGGCGGACGCCAAGGUCAAUGGAGUUAAGGAGGAGGAGACCAAGGCGACUGGUCCGGAGCCCGUCCUCAUCACAGAUGUGCGCAGCUUCCGAGCGGGACUGCAGGCGACACAAGGUGCCCGAUCAACCAAGGAUUUGAGCGAGUAUGAAGAUACGGACGCGAAGCUAUGA